AUGGCCCAGGGCUAUAAAGAUGGAACCCCUUACAUACCGGAACCCAACUCUGCCAUGGACCAAGCCGACUUCUCCGAAGGUCACCUGGAGUGCACCGUCACCAAGCCGCAGAAGGAGAAUGAUGGGACAAAGGAUGCGUACAUCUCAUAUCUCGUAACCACAGAUACCGACUUCAAGACCUUCCAGAAACCUCACUGCACCGUCCGUCGUCGCUUCACCGACUUCCUUUUCCUCUACAAGUCACUAUGCCGCGAAUACCCCGCCUCUGCCGUGCCCCCAUUGCCCGACAAACAACGAAUGGAAUAUGUCCGAGGGGACCGGUUUGGGCCGGACUUCACCAUGCGCCGAUGUCACUCUCUACAUCGCUACAUCCGGCGGCUGACGCGGCACCCAGAACUACGAAGAGCCGCAUUACUGUUGCUGUUCCUCGAGAGCCAUGACUGGAAUGUGGUGAUGAACGGGAGGCAGCAGGGGAGAACCUCGAUGAGCAGCCCUGGCGUGGUCGCGGCGGGGGAGUCGACGACAGGCGUCACCGGGGUCCUCGACACCUUCACCGACUCCUUCUUGAACGCGUUCACCAAAGUCCAUAAGACGGAUCCGCGGUUCGUCAAAGUCAAGGAGCGAUCGGACAAGUUCGAUGACGACCUGAACCACGUGGGGAAAAUCGUGGCGCGGGUGGGGCGACGGGAAUCGGAUCUGGAGACCGACUACGCGGAGCUGGCCGGGCAAUUCCAACGACUGGUGACCUUGGAGCCGGGCGUGGGAGGCGAGCUGACCAACUUCGCGGCCGGCGCGGAGCAGAUGAGCGGCGAGGUCCGCAAACUAAAAGAGCACACCGAACGCGAUUACCUGGGGAGCCUGAAGGACAUGGAGGCGUACGUUAGCAGCGUGCGCGCCCUGCUGAAGACGCGCGAGCAAAAACAGCUGGACUUCGAGGGCCUCACGGACUACCUGACCAAAGCCGCCCAGGACCGCGACACGCUGGCCAGCCAGCACGGGCACGCGGGGCUCGGGGCCAGCGGGUUCCUCCGCAGCAAGAUUGAGGAUGUCCGCGGCGUGGACCACGAGCAGAGUCGGCGCGACCGGGUGCGCAAGCUGGAGCUGCAGAUCGAGCGGCUGACGCGGGAAGUGGAGAGCGCGAAGCUGACCAGCGAGAUGUUCGACGAGCGGGUGGUGAAGGAGGUGGCGGACUUCGAGGCGAUCAAAACGGCGGAGUUUAAAGAGACGCUGAGCGGGUUGGCGGAUGCGCAUAUUGAUUUCUUCAAGGGGACGAUUGGGAUGUGGGAGCAGUUCGUUAUGGAUAUGGAGGGAGAUGGGGAGAGGGGUGGGGAGGGGGCGGCGGCGGCGUAA